UGCGUGCCAAACAGCACUCAAAUACUCUCUCUCUCUCUCUCUCUCUGUUAGUUUCUCCUUGAAAUAAAUUCAGCACGCUCUUCACCUCACUCACUCAUUCAGUCACAAUGAGAAUGCUACGUCUCUUCCUUUUUCUCUGCAUUCUGUUUUCAAUGUCACCACUGAGCGUUAUGUGUCUGAACCAAGAAGGGUUAUACCUCUACCAAUUCAAGCUAACCCUGGAUGACCCUGACUCUAGACUCUCAUCGUGGAACUCAAGGGACACCACCCCUUGCAACUGGUUUGGGGUAACCUGCGACCCAACCAACACCUCCGUCACCAACCUCGACCUCUCCGAAACCAACAUUGCAGGGCCGUUCCCGCCAUCCAUCCUCUGCCGCCUCCCAAACCUAACCUCCAUCAUACUCUUCAACAACUCCAUCAACCAAACCCUCUCCGACCACAUCACCCUCUGCAACAACCUCGUCCACCUCGACCUCUCCCAGAACCUCCUCACCGGUCCCCUCCCCAACACCUUGCCCCUCCUCCCAAACCUCAAAUACCUCGACCUCACCGGCAACAACUUUUCCGGCCCUAUUCCCGAAUCAUUCGGAACCUUCAAGAAACUUGAGGUUAUGUCCCUUGUCUCGAACCUUCUAGAAGGCACCGUUCCUGCUUAUCUGGGAAAUGUCACCACUUUGAAAAUGCUCAACCUUUCUUACAACCCGUUCUUCCCUGGUCGGAUCCCGCCGGAGCUCGGGAACCUCACGAACCUGGAGGUGCUUUGGCUCACUCAGUGCAACCUCGUUGGCGUGAUCCCUGACUCUCUCGGGAACCUCAAGAAGCUCAAGGACUUGGACCUCGCGCUCAACGACCUCUACGGUUCAAUCCCGAGUUCGCUCACUGAGUUGACCAGUUUGGAGCAGAUUGAGUUGUAUAAUAACUCCUUGUCCGGCGAGUUGCCUCGGGGAAUGGGGAACCUCACUGCGUUGAGGCUUCUCGACGCUUCGAUGAACCACUUGACGGGGAAGAUUCCGGAGGAGCUGUGCUCGUUGCCACUCGAGAGCCUCAACCUCUAUGAGAAUCGCUUCGAGGGUGAGUUGCCGGCGAGUAUAGCCAACUCGCCGAAUCUCUAUGAGUUGAGGUUGUUCGGGAACCGGCUCACCGGAAAGUUGCCGGCGAAUCUCGGGAAGCAUUCCCCUUUGAGGUGGCUUGAUGUUUCGAGCAACCAGUUCUGGGGACGCAUUCCGGCGACGCUGUGUGAUCUUGGGGUGAUGGAGGAGAUUCUGAUGAUAUACAACUUGUUCGACGGUGACAUUCCGGCGAGUCUUGGCACGUGCCAGAGCUUGACGCGUGUCCGUCUCGGUUACAACCGGUUGACCGGCGAGGUUCCGGCGGGGAUCUGGGGCUUGCCCCACGUGUAUCUGCUUGAACUCGCUGAAAACUCUUUUUCGGGUUCCAUUGCGAAGACCAUUGCUGGGGCAGGGAACCUGUCAUUGUUGAUUUUGUCGAAGAACAACUUCACGGGAACGAUUCCCGAUGAGGUUGGUUGGUUGGAAAAUCUUGUGGAAUUUUCUGGUAGUGAUAACAUGUUCAGUGGUUCACUGCCUGAUAGUAUUGUGAAUCUUGGGCAGCUUGGGAUUCUUGAUUUUCACAACAACAGGCUCUCUGGUGAGCUCCCAAAGGGUAUUCGUUCUUUAAAGAAGCUUAAUGAUUUGAAUUUGGCUAACAAUGAGAUUGGUGGGAAGAUUCCUGAUGAGAUUGGGAGUUUGUCUGUCCUUAAUUUUCUUGAUCUUUCGAGAAACCAAUUUACAGGGAAAGUCCCUCGGGGGUUGCAGAAUCUGAAGCUAAAUCAGCUCAAUUUGUCUUAUAAUCGUCUUUCUGGGGAACUUCCCCCUCUGUUGGCUAAGGAUGUGUACAAGUCUAGUUUUCUGGGUAAUCCUGGUUUGUGUGGGGAUUUGAAAGGCCUGUGUGAUGGCAGGGGCGAAGAAAAGAGUGCGGGUUAUGUUUGGUUGUUUCGAGCAAUUUUCAUUGUUGCCACUUUGGUGUUCCUCGGCGGUGUUGUUGGGUUCUAUUUCAAGUAUAAGAAUUUCAAGGAUGCAAAAAGGGCUAUUGAUAAAUCAAAGUGGACUUUGAUGUCGUUUCAUAAACUGGGUUUUGGUGAAGAUGAGAUUUUGAAUUGCCUUGAUGAAGAUAAUGUGAUUGGAAGUGGAUCGUCGGGGAAAGUCUACAAGGUUGUACUUAGCAGUGGGGAGGCUGUAGCUGUUAAGAAGAUAUGGGGAGGGGUCAGGAAGGAAAUAGAGAGUGGAGAUGUCGAAAAGGGUAGAGUUCAGGACAAUGCUUUUGAUGCAGAGGUUGGAACGUUGGGCAAAAUUCGGCACAAGAACAUUGUCAAGCUAUGGUGUUGCUGCACAACCAGGGAUUGCCAGCUCUUGGUUUAUGAGUAUAUGCCCAAUGGUAGUCUUGGUGAUUUGUUGCAUAGCAGUAAAGGAGGGUUGUUGGAUUGGCCAACCAGAUACAAGAUAGCUAUUGAUGCUGCAGAAGGCCUCUCUUAUCUGCAUCAUGACUGUGUUCCCCCAAUUGUUCAUAGAGAUGUGAAAUCUAACAAUAUCUUGUUGGAUGGGGACUUCGGUGCAAGGGUGGCAGAUUUUGGGGUAGCUAAGGUAGUCGAAACUACAGGGAAAGGAACUAAAUCCAUGUCCAUCAUAGCUGGAUCUUGUGGGUAUAUAGCACCAGAGUAUGCAUACACGCUUAGAGUGAAUGAGAAGAGCGACAUAUACAGUUUUGGUGUCGUCAUACUUGAGUUGGUCACUGGAAGACGUCCGGUGGACCCUGAAUUUGGGGAGAAAGACUUGGUUAAGUGGGUGUGCACUACCUUGGAUCAGAAAGGCGUGGAUCAUGUACUUGACUCCAGGCUUGAUUCUUGUUUCAAAGAAGAAAUUUGCAAGGUCUUCAACAUUGGCCUCCUGUGCACUAGUCCUCUUCCAAUCAACCGGCCUUCAAUGAGAAGAGUGGUGAAGAUGUUACAAGAGGUGGGCACAGAGAAGAACCAAACGAAACCUGUCAAGAAAGAUGGAAAGUUAUCCCCUUAUUACUAUGAAGAUGCCUCAGAUCAUGGAAGUGUUGCUUAAUUCAAGUCUUUACAUGGGUUAGAUCAUUUGAUUCUGAAGGGGGAUCUCAAAGCUUUUAUUUUACUAUAAGCCAACUUCCUUCCAUGUUUUUUACCCAUGCUUUGCUUAACAAAGUUGACUAAAGAAAAGAAAAAAGAUAAUUUUUGUGUGUGUGUGUGAGGGGGGAUCAGAGAUUUAGAGGCUCUUGAGGAGUUGAUGUUUUACCCUCUAAAGUAGGUCUAUAUUUUGGGUACAUUGAUUAAAUAGAUUUAGAGUUUUAAUAUUGUAAUAUCAAUGGCUUCGAAAUUCUGUGUUGUUUUAUAUUUUUGGUUCUAGGAACAUGCCACUGGGCCUAAUGGGGAAAUGAGAAAUGGAAGCCAUACAACAUAACUACAGUCCUUAAAUAAAUAUCAAGGGAGGUAAUAGCUAACCUAUGUUUCAUCUUUGAUGGCUUCAAAAUUCUUUAAGCUAAACACAACAGUAGUUUCAGUUCUCACUCUAUUAUCAUCUCAUAGAAGAUGAUCUCCCCGAAUGGGGAAUCUGUAGCUAGCUCAUAUGCUUAAAUGUUUAUAAUUUUCUGGAUGGUCCACCUUAAAUGCUAUAGCUGUUCUCAGCUUGAGAAUUUACAUCUCACAGUGCUCAAACAAAUAUGAUAGCAGUUAUAAGAGCGUAGUCAAUGAGGUUGUUGGGCAGGCUUGUCCUCUCUGGGCCCUCUCUUUAAACUGCAGGUUCCGUCUGUGAUUAAUGGUGAUGGGGAAUAUAUCCUUCAGGAAAAUGACCAAGGCGAUGUGGCAGUCAUAUUGUUGCUACAUCUAACAGUGGAAUUUUGCUAUUUUUUGCUAGUCCUUAUUCUGUCUAGUGGUUAUUUAUAUGUCAACUACUUUAUUGUCUGAAGAAAGGUAAACGAAGUUAUUGUGAGAUUGAUGAAAGAUUGAACUUUUUAACUACUCCACUUUAAUUGAAGUUCUCUCUUGCA